AAAUUUUCGACCUCAAUUAAAUACAUUAAACUAAACCGGAUCUAAACGCACGUCAUGAUGUCAUGGUUGGUUUCUAAACGCAACUCGUGUCUUGUCAAGUGUAUGACGGGUGGUCGGACCGUGUUUGUCUUGUAUAUUUUUACUUGUUGAUUUUUCUAAUUACAUUUGUUAAGUAUAACGCGGAGUGGUGCGCGACAGGUUCCUGGAGAGCUAUGUUAUAGUGUGGCAAGUGGCAGCUGGUGGACGAGUCGCGGCUGGCGUGUCCGGAGCGCCGAAAGUUCAGAGUAGCUCGGGACGCUCGCGGUCGGGAUGGAGGACGAGGUGACGUUCCUGUUCCAGCUGGGCGUGCUGCGCGACGCCGUGGCCGCGCCCGCGCACACGCUCACGCUCGCGCACCUCAAGGAGCUGGCCGUCAAGUUCGUGCACGAGAAGAUACCGGACAACGGGUUAAACCGGCUGAGCGAGCGCAUCCUGCUGUUCCGACACGACUACUGCUCGCCCAACGUGCUGCAGCUCAUCAACUCCGCCUCCGACGUGUCGGACGAGACGCUGGUCGAGAUCGUGCUCACCGCCAACCCCCUCCUAUGCGGCAGUGAAUCGGACGCCGCGCCCGCGCCGCUGCCGCACAUGCUGUCCGUCCACUCGUACAAGACGCCCACCUUCUGCGACUUCUGCGGGGAGAUGCUCUUUGGAUUGGUGCGCCAAGGCCUUAAAUGCGAAGGUUGCGGCCUAAAUUACCACAAGCGCUGCGCCGUGAAGGUCCCGUCCAACUGCCCGGCGGCGCGGCGCGGUUCGGCGGCGCCGCGCUCGCCUUCCCGCGCCUCCACCGCCUCGCACGCCUCCAACGCCACGCACGCCUCGCACGCCUCGCACGCCUCGCACGACGACUCGCUGCUGGGCAGCGCGAGCGGCAAGCGCAGCCGCUCCCCGUCGCGCAGCUCCGCCGCGUGGGGGCUCUCCCUGGGGAUACCGCACACGUUCGCCGUGCACUCGUACACGCGGCCCACCGUGUGCCGGCACUGCAAGCGCCUGCUGCGCGGCCUCUUCAAGCAGGGCCUCCAGUGCCGUGACUGCCACUACAACGCGCACCGCAAGUGCUUGCCGCACGUGCCCAAAGACUGCGGCGGCGAGAUACGCGAUUCACAUGGCGAGUACCAGGACAGCAGCGGCGGUAGCGAGCUGUCAGAAAGCGCGCGGCUUCCGGACGAGGAGUCUGACGAGGGAGGCUCCAACGAUGGAGCGUCCAAUGAUAUCGACGACGAGGUGCAGGUCCGCCGGCGGCGCGGCUCGGACGGCUCGGAGCCCCAGCGCGACACGCUGCCCGAACGCUCCGCGUCUCGCCCCAGCAGCUCGUCGUCCUCGCCCAGCGCCAACAUCCCGCUCAUGAGGAUCGUGCAGAGCGUCAAGCACGCCAAGAAGAGGACCGGCCAGAGCAUCAAGGAGGGCUGGCUCGUGCACUUCACCAACAAGGACAACGCCAACAUCCCGCUCAUGAGGAUCGUGCAGAGCGUCAAGCACGCCAAGAAGAGGACCGGCCAGAGCAUCAAGGAGGGCUGGCUCGUGCACUUCACCAACAAGGACAAGCAGAUCAAGCGGCAUUAUUGGCGACUGGACAGCAAGUCAAUAACACUGUUCCAGUCGGACCAGGGCUCCAAAUACUACAAGGAGAUACCGCUCAACGAGAUCUUAGCUGUCGACACCGCACGGACACUGCACUCAGACGUGAUGCACUGCUUCGAGAUCCGCACAGCGAACGUGGACUACAUGGUGGGCGUGGACCCGGUGGGCGCCGGCGCGGGCCUCGCGCUGCCGCCGCCCGAGUCCGGCGUCGGCGCCUACCUCGCGCGCUCCUGGGAGACCGCCGUGCGCCACGCGCUGCUGCCCGUCACCGCCGUGCGCCGGCACGACCCGGAAGCAUCGUCGUCAACGGAGCCGGCAGAGCGCGGCGCGGAGAUGGCGCAGGUGUACCAGAUCCACCCGGACGAGGUGCUCGGCUCCGGGCAGUUCGGCAUCGUGUACGGCGGCCUGCAUCGCCGCACGCAGCAACCCGUCGCCAUCAAGGUGAUAGACAAGCUCCGUUUCCCGACCAAGCAAGAGGCCCAGCUCAAGAACGAGGUCGCCAUCCUGCAGAACCUGUCCCACCCCGGCGUCGUCAACCUCGAGCGAAUGUUCGAGACGCCGGAGCGAAUAUUCGUCGUCAUGGAGAAGCUUAGGGGAGACAUGCUCGAGAUGAUCCUUAGUCAUGAAAAAGGGCGGCUUACGGAGAGAACUACCAAGUACUUGGUGGCACAGAUCCUGGUAGCCCUAAAGCACCUCCACGCCAAAAACAUUGUCCACUGCGACCUGAAGCCUGAGAACGUUCUGCUGUCGUCCGACGGCGACCUGCCGCAAGUCAAGCUGUGCGACUUCGGCUUCGCGAGGAUCAUCGGGGAGAAGUCCUUCCGACGCUCCGUCGUCGGCACUCCAGCUUACCUCGCCCCCGAAGUCCUGCGGAACAAGGGCUACAACCGCUCGCUGGACAUGUGGUCGGUGGGCGUGAUCGUGUACGUGUCGCUGUCCGGCACGUUCCCCUUCAACGAGGACGAGGACAUCGGCGAGCAGAUACAGAACGCCGCCUUCAUGUACCCGCCGCAGCCGUGGCGGGAGAUCUCCGCCGAAGCGAUCGACCUGAUCAACAACCUGCUGCAAGUGAAGCAGCGCAAGCGGCUGAGCGUGGACAAGUCGCUGGCGCACUCGUGGCUGCAGACCGCGCAGGCGUGGGAGGACCUGCGCGCGCUGGAGCGCCGCGUGGGCCGCCGCUACCUCACGCACCCCAGCGACGACCGGCGCUGCGGCGGGGAGGCCGGGGACCAACAGCCGGACCCAGAGAAUCCGAAGCGGUCGCGCGGCUGCUUCGUGCGCCUGCGCUGGAGGAAGCUGCUCGUGCGUGUGCGAGUACGGUAA